AUGAAGGUAUGUGAAACUAUUUAUAGCAGCAGUUAUGAGACUGACAACAUUGGAAGUGGUGGUUACCCUGAGCUCCUUUGCUGUUCUUCAGAUCAGUUGAAAGCAGUUUCUAAUAUGGGUCUACUCAGGCUUAUUCAAGUCUAUCUUUGUACUGCAGUGGUGGUUUUAUGUAUAUUGAACUCAUCUGGAUCAGUGGUUCUUAUUCGUUUUGAUGAAGCUCCACAGGCUCGAUCAAGGUUCUCUACCGCCAUUUUCCGGUACUCGGUUAUAAGGCCAAAUGGCUCAAAUGCCUGCACGAACAAUACUGGGUGUUCCAUUUACUGCGAGACCAAACUGGUAUUUGAACAGCUUGACGGCCAAACUCUUAUACCAUGCCCUGCGGAUGUCAUAAUAUUGAGAAACUUGACUGUCAAUCAGGAACACAUUUUCCACCUCAACAUUACAACCAAGGAUGGAGAGAGAAACUCUUCGUCUUAUUCAUGGUUCAUUGAUACAAUACCACCAACUGCAACAAUUUUCAGCAAACAGAGUUACACAAAUGCGGAAAAAGUAUCCAUUGAUGUUACAUUCAGUGAAGCUUGCACUGGAAAUGGGGGAUUUAAGUGUUUGAACAUGUCUAAUUGUGAUGUCACCAUAGAUGGUCCUGCCCAAGUGGACGCAUCUUCGCUGAGGAUAAUCAAACGUGACAUCAAAUAUAGCCUCGAUAUUAUUCUGUCCUUAGAAAGUACUUAUGCACAUGUGGUAAUUAAAAUGGCAAAUGAUUUUUGUACAGACCUUGCAGAGAACAAUUUCACAAGGACACCUGGUUCAACUUUUAUUGUUCACUUGGAUAGAAGACCAGUGCAAGUGGAUUUAUGGACUUCAAUUCAAUCCUACGAGUUGGAGAUUAAUGGGAUCCCAAGAACUGUUAUUGCAACUAACAAAGUGGAGGACUUGACAGUUUUCUUGGACUUCAGCAUUCCUAUUACAGGUUCAAUAGAACAGAUCCAGAAUGCAUUACACGUGAACUCGGGUAACAUGAUACCUAUUCAUUCAAGAAGUCAUGGAAACCGAAGAUUUGCCUUUGAACUGAAGAAUAUUUCUAGGACUGAAAUAGUUACUGUGGAACUAGAAGCAGCUUCAGUAAUAGCCAGGACAGGGACUCCUGUGUCACCUGUUCCCCCAAUUACAUUCCUUUAUGAUUGCACGCAGCCUGGUGUAUGGCUAAGUACAAGCUCACCAAGAGUUACAAAAGAGUCCAACAUCAACGUGAUAAUUGAGUUUACAAAACCAGUUUUUGGCUUUGAGGCCUCCAAGGUAGAAGUCAAAGGAGGAAGUCCUAUAAGGCAAGUGCAUGCAAUGCUUUUUAGAAGCAUUAAGUUGAUCACGUUACAUAUAGUCAAGUUUGAAAAACUUUCAAGAGCUCUAUACUCAUUGACAGUCCUGGCAGUAUCUCAGAAUGUAUCUGUCAUUGUUGCGGCAGGAGAAGUGUAUGAUAUCUCGGGAAAUCUGAAUUUAGCUUCAAACCAACUUGAAGUCGGGCAUUCGAUAGGCACUAUAACUACUGGAGGUGCCAACACAAUUUUUUCUGACCCAUCAAUGAAUUUACAUGGAAUGGUGGGACACCUACAAGUGUUCGUCCUCUGUGACUGGCUCUCAUUUAACUUACCUGCAGAAUAUUCUGAGACAGUUAAAGGUCUCAGGUGGCUUAUUCCUCACGAGAAACUCCCUUGGAAAAGUGAAAGUUCGUUAACUUGGCCCAACCAUUUACAUCUGGCUGGCGCAAGGUCUGGAAUGAAAGUUAGUGGCAGCUCCAAUUGGUUCUCCUCUUCAAAAGAAUUUCAACAUCCGACUGCCUUGAAUCUAACCAAUUUCUCCAACCAUUUGAAUCAUUGGCUACCAUUUCUAACUAAUUACUCGAAUGAUAAUCGGCUCCAUCCACAGCAAAAUAUGAUCAUGAAAAACUCAGCUUAUGGUCUACCCCUAGAUUCCAAUGAAUAUUUUACUUAUUUCCUGCGAGGAGAGCCAUUCUCUGCUAGUGGUGUGGUUAAGAGGCUGGAGAAUUACACAGGGUGGCAGGACUUAGAGAUGAACUUGUUCUGGCUUGGUGUGGAAGGAGGCAGUUUACUCAUAAUCCAUGCUUUGACCUUAAUUUUUGUAAAAUGGAGGACUCAAGUGUCAGCUCAUGGGACACUUUCAAUACCAAGGUUUGAGCUGUUUCUUCUGAUUCUCAUGCUACCUUGUGUCUCUCAAUCUUCAGCGUUUGUUAUAAGAGGUGGUACGACAAAGGGAAUUCUCACUGGGGCUUUGUUGCUAGCCAUCCCAGCAGGUCUUAUUCUAUCAGUGUGCCUCUUUCUUACGAUCACAAUCUUCUCUGGCAGCUUUGCUCAGUAUAAGGAAGUUAAGCAGAUCGGCACCAAAGAACCAUGGUAUAUGAAGCUUUGGCAUCUGUUCACCGGGAGGCCUACCACUGGAAAGUGGUUUUAUAGAGAAGGGCUGACUUCAUCAUUCCUCCCACGAUUUGGGAUUCUAUUUGAGAACCGGAAGGGUCCUCCAUUUUUCGUGUUACUUGAUCAAAAUGACCCGAACAGCAUACCCAAGUGGAUUGAAAGUGGCCAAAAUGGGGUAGGAAGAAUGAGAGCAGUCAGCUCAGAUGACAGUACUGAGGAUACCAAAAUUCCUAUGCUCAGGAGAUUCCUGGGAUCGGCCAGAUCCUCCUAUAUCAAUCUUGAUCUUAUAAGGAGAGCCGGUCUGGGGAUACUAUCUGGAGUUCACAAGUCAAGGGGUUCAGGACAAAGCCUUAUAGCGCUAACAAUCACGGUCGUGCAACUGUUGUAUCUGUUAACUCUUAAACCAUACAUCGCUAGGGGAGUUCAUGUUGUGGAGAGCGUGUCUCUCUUGUGUGAAGCAGGCCUCUUUGGACUAUCUAUCAGUAGCAGUAGCUCCAAUCCAGUCAGCGAUAGCAAUUUGGGAUACAUUAUGCUGGCUUUCCUCUUCCUUACCUUUGUUUCUCAGAUCAUAAAUCAGUGGUAUGCGAUGAUAAAAUGUCUUUCAAAAUUCUCACCGCCUCAGAAGAACUCACUAAAACAUGGCCUGAAAAAUGCCACUAAAGGUCUUCUGAUUCCUUUCCUCCCGAGGAGGCAUUGGUCAAGAGUCAUCCCUGGAUCCUCCAAACCAAAAGAAGGCCUCUCUGCAGUCCCUCCUUUGAGUCCAGAAACACACUUUCAAAGACAAGAUGCAAGAGCACCACAUGUUGGCCCAUUAGGAUCCAUGUCUGCAACAGUGGUUCCUAUGCUCAGUCCUGGCUCUCCUGGCUUUAGUACUAAUCCAGUUUCAGGUUCCACAAGUGCAGGAACAGCUGAUCAUGGACAGAAAACAGGGGGAGUAAAGCAGCCAAAAGGACUUACAUCCGAGCCGAAGAGUGAGAUGAAAACUCUAAGGGAGUUGGCAAAAGCUAGUUUCUCAGGGGUGGCGAAGUAUGAAGAAGGCUCUACUAGCUAUGGCGCGAGAGUAAAAGGUUUUCCAGGUAAAAGCUCUCUAGAUAACAUCAAACCAUACCCAAAAAGCAGGAUCUAAUGUAUUCAAAUUUUCACUCACAAACUGCGCAAAUGUUAACUUUGUCUUGGC